CAAUGGUUUAUGAAGCAAUAACAUAAUACUGUAAUUAUAUUAGAUUGAAGGGCAGUAUAGUGCCUUGACCACAAACUGGUUUCAACCAGUUCAGCUGGUCUGAUCUGGAUAUAACACCUGAGUACUUCUUUUGUAGUUUAUAUUUUGGUCACAGUCUGUGCUGCUGGAAUACAUGGACUUUUACCAAAUCAACAUUCAGUAGGUUUUAGUUGCAGUCUCAAAAGGGGAAGACACAAGUUUGUUAACACCUCAGAUGGUCAAACAUUUAGCCAGUAAUGACCUAGUCAUCAAAAAGCUAGCCUGUCUUUACCUUGAGAAAUGUGCCAACCAAAAGAAUGAAGACCUUCUACUGGCCCUGAACACACUGUUGAAAGACUGUGCAGAUCCUAACCCAACCAUCCGUGGCCUUGCUCUGAAAACAUUAUGCUCACUGAGGGAUGCAGAGUUGAUGCAGUACAGUUUGAAACCUUUGAAACUUGCUCUGCAGGAUCAAAGUGCUUACGUGCGACGCAUUGCUGUCAUGAGUUGUGCUAGAAUUUAUAAAAGUUUGCCUCUUGUUAUCGACGACCUGGGAUUAGUGGACCUUUUGUAUGGCAUGCUUCGUGACUCGGAUCCUAUUGUUGUAGUCAACUGCUUGCAUGCAUUGAAUGAAAUAUUGCAUAGUGAGGGUGGUGUUGUGGUGAACAGAAAAAUUGCCUAUCAUCUACUGAACAAACUGGAGGAGUUGACAGAAUGGGGUGUUGCAACUGUAAUGGAUGUCUUAACAAAUUACAAACCAAAAAGCGAAAAUGAGGUGUUUGAAAUUAUGAACAUUUUAGACAAAUUUCUUGGUCACAGUAACAGUGCUGUUGUAGAAGCCACAUUCAAAGUUUUCCUGCACCUUAGUAAGGAUUUGCCACAUAUAAAAACUGAAAUAUUUAAAAGGAUAAAGCCAAGUCUGGUCAGUUUCCUAAAUGCAGGCAAUCCAGAAGUUUGUUUUAUGAUUCUAACAUUCAUUGAUGAGAACAUUCUUCCUGAAAGUGGGGAUUUGUUUGCAGAUGAUAUAAAAUCCUUUUUCUGUAAACAAAAAGAACCUGUGUACCUUAAAGUGAAAAAAUUGAAAAUAAUCCCCAUGAUUGCGUCAGAAGAUAAGGUGAAAAAUGCGUUAGAUGAGCUGAUGAUGCUUUCUAAAGAUCACUCAAUUGAAGUAGCCCAAAAUGCCAUAUUUGCAAUUGGUAAAAUCGCAGUAAAGCAUAACUGUCACUUAGGUACUUGCAUCAGCAGAUUGGUCAGUCUUUUUCAUUUAAAUGUAGACUACAUAUCAAGUAGUGUUUUGCAGGUUCUGAAAUCUUUAGAUAUCGAUCAAUUGGGCGAAUUGGAAAAAAUAUUUCAUGGCUUAGAACAAUGUGCCGAAGUUAUCCAAGAUCCAGAAGGGCUGUGUGCUAUGUUCUGGCUCCUGGGUGAAUAUGGAGAACAUAUAGAUGAUGCCCCUUAUAUGCUGGAGGAUUAUUCAGAGAAACUGGGAGAACUCUGUGACACGGGCGUAAAGUUGCAUCUUCUGUCUGCAUGUGUAAAGCUAUUUGCUAAAAGACCCGCGGAAUGUCAGGACACUCUGGGCAAGCUGCUUGAGUUUCUUAUGAUAGAGGAGAAAGACUGUGAUGUGCAAGAAAGAGCACGUUUUUAUUUCCAUCUUCUUCAAAAAGAUGUUGAAUAUACCAAAAGGCUUGUUCUUAGCAGGUAGAUGUACAGUUUCUGUUUAAUUAAAUAAAUAAAGUUCGUAAUAAUGUCA